GUCACGAGUUGGCUUAUGACUGUUAGUCAUGGGGGGCAGACGGGUCGAUGCGCCUCUACAGCACUGAGCGCUGAUGUUGUUCGACGUUUGGAUGUUUUGAAAGUGCAGAGCUCGCCUGUUUCAGCCAUGGCCAACAUCACGAAGAAGGUGUCGUGGUCCGGGAGGGGAGAGGAGGGCACCCCGCUGCUCAACGGCUCCGAGGAGGUCAAAUACACCCGACAGUUGUCCGGUGGCGGCAUGUUCCACAUUGGCAGGCUGAGUACCGUGGACCUCGAUGAGGAUAUUACGCCAGAGGAGGACGCUGUGAGGAGCAAACCAAAGGAGAUACCGCACAAUGAGAAGCUGCUCUCGCUCAAGUAUGAGAGUCUGGACUACGACAACAUUGAGAAUCAUCUGUUUCUGGAGGAGGAAAGGCGCAUGGGUCACAUGAGCUUUAGAUGUCUGGAGAUCAGUCGCUGGGUCAUUUGUGGUCUCAUCGGAGUCCUGACUGGACUCAUAGCUUGCUUCAUUGACAUCGUGGUGGAGAAGCUGGCUGGAGUGAAGUAUGUUGUAGUCAAGAAGAGCAUCGAUAAAAACACCGAAAUCGGAGGGAUGUGCAUCUCCUUGAUCCUGUGGGCAGCGCUGAACUCUGCUUUCGUCAUGGUGGGUGCCAUCAUCGUGGCUUUCUUUGAGCCCAUCGCUGCAGGUAGUGGAAUCCCUCAGAUUAAAUGCUACCUAAACGGAGUGAAGGUUCCCCGAGUGGUGCGGCUGAAGACUCUGAUGGUGAAGGUGUGCGGUGUGAUCUGCUCAGUGGCGGGCGGUCUUGCUGUGGGAAAGGAAGGUCCCAUGAUCCACUCGGGUGCUGUGGUGGCGGCUGGUGUGUCGCAGGGCAGAAGCACCUCGCUGAAGAAGGACUUUAAGAUUUUCGAAUAUUUCCGCAGAGACACUGAGAAGAGGGACUUCGUCUCCGCAGGAGCUGCUGCUGGAGUCUCGGCUGCCUUUGGAGCUCCUGUUGGUGGAGUUCUGUUCAGUUUAGAGGAAGGAGCGUCUUUCUGGAACCAGUUGUUGACCUGGAGGAUUUUCUUCGCAUCCAUGAUCUCCACCUUCACCUUGAACUUUGUCCUGAGUAUUUACCACAAAAAAACUGGCGAGCUGUCCAGUCCGGGUCUCAUCAACUUCGGCAGCUUCGACUUGAAAAGCGUGAAGUAUAAUAUCUAUGAGAUCCCUCUGUUCAUAGUCAUGGGAGCAAUAGGUGGCCUUUUGGGAGCGCUCUUCAACGUCCUCAACUACUGGCUGACCAUUUUCAGGAUCAGGUACGUGCACCGGCCGUGUCUGCAGGUGAUGGAGGCCAUGCUGGUGGCCGCAGUGACGGCCACCGUGUCCUUCGCCAUGAUCUAUUUUUCCAACGACUGCCAGCCUCUGGAAACACAGAAGUCGAGUGAGGACUAUUCUCUGCAGGGCUUCUGCGCUGAUGGAGAAUACAGUGCCAUGGCAACGGCGUUCUUCAACACACCGGAGAGGAGUGUGAGGAGUCUGUUCCACAGUCCCGCAGGCACCUAUAAAUUAGAGACCCUUGGCUGCUUCACCCUGGUCUACUUCUUCCUGGCGUGCUGGACGUACGGGCUGACCGUUUCAGCAGGAGUCUUCAUCCCUUCGCUCUUGAUAGGGGCAGCCUGGGGGCGGCUCUUUGGCAUCAUGCUGCCCUAUAUAGCCCUCAACCCAUCGGUAUUUACAGAUCCUGGAAAGUACGCCCUAAUGGGAGCUGCAGCCCAGCUUGGUGGCAUCGUCAGAAUGACGCUGAGUCUCACGGUCAUUUUGGUGGAAGCUACAGGAAACGUUACCUACGGUCUCCCCAUCAUGCUGGUGCUGAUGACCGCCAAGAUCGUGGGAGAUUAUUUUAUCGAAGGCCUUUAUGACGUGCACAUAAAGUUACAGAGUGUUCCUUUCCUCCACUGGGACGCCCCGGCCACCUCCCACUCACUGACGGCCAGGGAGGUCAUGAGCUCGCCAGUCACCUGCUUCAACAGAGUGGAGAAAGUGGGCACCAUCGUGGAUGUCCUUAGCAACACGUCCACCAAUCACAAUGGUUUCCCCGUCAUCAUCCAGACUGCUGCCAGCGAGGAGCCUGGAAAGCUCUGUGGUCUCAUCCUCCGCUCUCAGCUCAUUGUUCUGCUCAAGCAUAAGGUGUUUGUGGAGAGGGCUCGCUCGCGGCUAAGACAGCGCAAACUGCAGCUGAAGGACUUUAGAGAUGCAUAUCCACGUUUCCCACCCAUCCAGUCCAUCCACGUGUCCCAAGACGAGAGGGAGUGUAUGAUGGACCUCACAGAGUUCAUGAACCCUACGCCCUACACUGUGCCACAGGACACGUCCCUCCCUCGCGUGUUUAAGUUAUUCCGGGCGCUGGGUCUCAGACACUUGGUGGUGGUCGAUGACGACAACAGGGUCAUUGGCCUGGUGACCAGAAAGGAUCUCGCACGAUAUCACCUGGGCAAGCACGGCCUGGAGGAGCUGCACCUGGCUCACACAUGAUGACCCUAGGCCUUCGCCUUCUGCCUGUCCUUGCGGUGGGACCCCCAGCUACAGCCACACGCUCAGAGGCUGGCAAGGCUCUCACUGGUGGGAAAUGUUCCAGAUGUGGCAGAAAAAACCCGCAGCCUGCAGCAGAUACGAAUAAAGGCCUGGAUACGCCAAGGCAUCAUUUUCUUUGCUUUAUCCAGACGCAACAAGCUCAUUCUUUUUUCAGAAACAUCUCAUCUGGGCCUCAAAACUGAAGACAUGCAGAGACUUGGGCUGGUGGUGAAGCUGGUGAGGACAUUUUCAGGUGAUAACCUCUGGUGUGCUCUUGGUGUAUCCAGGUCUUUUUAGUAUUAAGAAUCGCAAGGGCUCAGUUAAAUUAUGCAUCAGAUAUUUUUUGCCUAUAGGUUUACAAGAAGAGCACAUGUCAUUUUAUUUCCAUUUUUCACUGUACCACUGUCUAUUUAUUGCAUUCUGAAGGGUCUGACAUGAUUUCCAUCCCUACAUAUCAUGUUCUUUCCAAUUUUGUGUUUCAUUUUGAAUGUUAUUGUGUGUUAUGUCUGUGUGGUCUGAAUGUGCCAUCGAUGUUGGGGCGAAGGUCAAGGCUACGUCUCCUUGUCUAGUGUCUUGCGAUUUAACAGAUAAAAACUUAGCCACUUUGUUAUGCAGUUCAGCGGAUGGUUAAUAGCUGACAUUAAUAUUCUCCUAAUUGUGAAAUCUUUUCCGUUUACUAGGAUCCGUAACGUGUGGGCUAACUUGACUCCUUUUCACGACUAACUAAUCGAUUCUUCAGCCUUUAUUUACAUUUCUGUUUCGCCAUUUGCCAGAUGGUGUCAAUCGAAUGACACAUUUCACUUUCCUUUUGUUGAUGAUUCUAAGUAGUGCCGCAUCACGAGUCUCAUGAGAUUCACACUUAUUUUGCAGUUUUGUUGAUUCAAUGUUCUGGCAAGACCAGCUACAGUGUUGAGUCUUGCUAAUGAUUUUAUACUGAAUAGUGGCUUAUUUAGCUUCAUAGUUUUGAGUAUUUGCUCUAAAAUGAAUAAACAGGUAAGGUACUCCCAUAUAUGACUUACUUGCUGUUUUCCAUGAAAAUUUUAUCUUUAAAUUCAACAGCAUUAUUAUUCAGACAGUAGGAAAUGGGGAAAAAUGUGAAGCUUAAAACUCGUAAAGCUGAAAUAUAUUCAGCCAUUUAAUCGUUUUCAUCCAUCACUUGUGUGUGAGGAGCCGUCAUUCAAAGGUACUGUUUUUAAGAAACUAAUAAUGCCCCCUCUGUUUUUGUACAGUUGCUGAUUUUGAACAAUAAAAAAACUUACCUGAGUUUUUUUAUAUGUGAAGAAAUAAUGGUGUGACAUAAUAAACGUUCCAAGUUAACUGUAAUUUCUUAUUGUGCCUUAUUAUUAAAUUACAUGAAACAAUCGA